AUGGCUGACCCUGUGAGCGUUGUUACCAGCAUUGCUAGCUUAGUAUCGCUGGCCACCCAGAUCUCUUUAAAUCUGAGAGCCUACGAGAGAGCGACCCUUUCCCAAUCUUACGGAGGGACGGCCGGAUUCUUCAUCUCGACUUUCUUUGGGAGCACGGCAUCCGAGUACGAGAGACUCCAGCGAGUCAUACUUCGGGGUAGCGACGAUGAAGCACUGCGUUUCCGAGACUCGGUAGCUAGCGAGUGCAACAUGACUGCUGUCGCAGGUGCAAUUAUCGCCCAAGUCGCUCUCACGGCGCUUUCUCUUACGGACCUAAGUCUAGCGCAUUGGACCGCUCGUGCUUUCCUGCUUUUCGCGACAGUGGCUGGCUGCCUCUCGGUUUACUACGCAUGUAGUCUCUCGAGAGAUAUUGGAAAAAUAUACCAGCCGGAGCUCAUCCGCGACUGGCUCAGCGCAGCUCCUCAGAGUGGGUCAGAAGAGACAAGACCAGGAGAGAAAAAAGAAAAGAAAGCCUCGAUAUCCGCUAUAUUCAUUCUAUCCGCCCCAUACACCAUGAUGUCGUAUGCUAUUUUGAGUUUCAUUUUGGGUCUGGCCAUCUAUCAAGGCUUCGUAUGGACAAGAAAUCUGGAUACAGAUGCUGGCAAAAUUAACAGCCGCAACAUAUUCAUUGCUUACAUCGUGAGCACUGGAUAUUGUCAACUUUUCUUCUCGUUCGCGGGCGUGAUAAAAACUAUUGAGGACCUGCUGCUUCAAGAUCGAUUCAGGACCAGGUUGCUCGGAUCAGUCAAACACACCAGAGAUCAUGUCGCUCGUCACAGAGAUGGCGAGGGGCCUCCUCAGCUAGAAGAAGGCGCAUCGGCAAACAAUGCAGCAGCGCCAAUCGAAACCAUUCAUACAGCAUCGCAAUCUCAGAACACCGCUGAUCGAAGCUCUUCUAGUGGCAUUGUAGCUGCGCUAGAAGCAGCCGCAAAGGCGCAUAUCCUCAGCGCCGAAGCAGACCGUCAUGUUGCCUCGGAAUAUGAAAAAUUAUCGAGGACUUGGUGA